GGUCACAAAUAAUUUAGGAGAGAUAGAAUAUUCCGACUCUUUGCAAUUAUUGGAGCGUGGAAAGAUGGUUGAUCCAUCUGAUAAAUAUCUCAGUAUACUCAAAGAAGAAGAAAUAAAUUAUAGUAGGAAAUUUACAGAUAGUUGUUAAGUGAACUCCAUAGAUAUGGCUAUGCCCAUCUCUUCAGCUGCUGGAAUUCCACUCUUAGGCAACUUCAUCCAUGGCUUCGUGGACUUCAAAGGCCGCCCUGUCACCCGACGGGGUUCCGGUGGUUGGAAAUCGGCCUUCUUUCUAAUAGGGGUUGAAAUGGCUGAGAGAUUUGCCUACUUUGGAAUAUCUUCGAAUUUGAUUAUCUAUUUGACGGGUCCAUUGGGCCAAUCCACUGCAACAGCAGCGGAGAACGUGAAUGCUUGGUCUGGAACGGUGUCACUUCUGCCACUAUUAGGUGCUUUUGUGGCUGACUCCUUCCUCGGUCAAUACCGGACUAUAAUCAUUGCCUCUGGGAUCUAUAUCCUGGCACUUGGCUUCUUGUCCCUAUUUGCUGCUCUCUAUUCAUACAAAUCUCCAGACUGCCAAAUCGUUGCAAAUCUCCAGACGUGCUCUCCGUCGCAAUUUCAAAGUAUUUUCUUCUUCUUCUCUUUGUAUUUGUUUGCAUUAGCACAAGGAGGGCAUAAACCUUGUCUUCAGGCUUUUGGAGCUGACCAGUUUGACGAGAAGGACCCAAAAGAAUGUAAAGAUAAAAGCUCAUUCUUCAACUGGUGGUAUUUUUCCACGAAUUUGAGUAUUAUUUUGUCUCUCUUUGUUUUGAACUACAUUCAAGACAACCUAAGUUGGGCUCUUGGCUUCGGAAUCCCCUGCAUUCUCAUGUGCCUUGCUCUAAUUAUUUUUUUGCUCGGAACGAGGACUUACCGAUUCUGCAUGCCAAGUGACAAAAGAAGCCCAUUUGUGAGAAUCGGUCUGGUAUUCCUGAAUGCGGCUAGAAAUUGGCGGACUACCCCGGUUGCUAUAUCCAAGGAGGAGGAAGCUCUGGGAAUUAUGCAUUAUCAAGGCUCUCAACAGUUCAAGUUUCUUAAUAAAGCAUUGGUUGCGCCUCAUGAUUCGAAGGAAGAUGGGCAAGUUUGUAGUAUCACUCAGAUUGAAGAGGCAAAGGCGGUUCUUAGACUUGCUCCAAUAUGGACCACAUGUUUAGGAUAUGCCAUUGUCUUUUCACAAGUAGGGACUUUAUUCACUAAGCAAGGAGUUACGAUGGAUCGUUCCAUUACAUCUAGCUUACAAAUACCAGCUGCUUCACUUCAAUCUUUUAGUUGCCUUGCCGUUGUUGUCUCUAUUUCAAUCUAUGACCGCAUUUUGGUUCCUAUUGCAAGAUCUAUAACUAGGAAAUCCUCAGGCAUAACGAUGCUUCAACGAAUUGGAACUGGAAUGCUUUUAUCUUUUCUUUCUAUGGUAAUUGCAGCUUUGGUUGAGAGUCAACGUCUGAAAAUUGCAGCUGAGCACGGACUAGUUGACAUGCCCAAAGCAACAGUGCCAAUGAGUGUGUGGUGGCUGGUACCUCAGUACUUGAUUUGCGGAAUUUCAGAUGUCUUUGUCACAGUCGGUCUCCAAGAAUUCUUCUACGACCAGGUUCCUAUUGAGCUGAAAAGUCUAGGCCUUGCUCUAUACCUAAGUAUAUUCGGUAUAGGGAGCUUUUUGAGCAGUUUUCUUAUCUCUGUGGUGGAGAAAGCCACCCGUGGUUUGGGUCGAGACAGUUGGUUUUCGGACAAUCUUAAUCGGGCUCAUAUUGACUACUUCUAUUGGCUACUGGCUGGUAUUAGCGCUGCUGCCUUCGCUGCCUACUUGUACUUUGCAAAAUCUUAUAUCUAUAACAGGAGAAACAGUCUCUGACGUUGCAUUUUGUGGCUCAUGUUACUUGUAUUGGCUAUUGGCUAGAAUUAGCGCUGCUGCAUUUGCAGCCUAUGUGUUAAAUAGACUCAAAUGAUAGUUAUUAAGACUCCAUGCCUCUCAAAUGUGAGAGGUUCUCUAUUUGUAAAAGAACUAAAUCACAACUAUGGGAAAUAUCAAUUACAAUAUUCAUUAAUGAGUGCAUGGUUGGCACAUUUUGUGAA